CAUUUCAUAAGACUGUAUAGAACCAAAACCCCCCUGCCUUAAGAUCCUUUUAUAUAUACGUUUUUUCCUCUGUUCCUCUCUCUCUCUCUCUCUCUUUUUACUUUUGCUUUUAUCCCUCCCUCAUAAUAAUCUCUGCAAUGGUUCGGCUCUCUUCUCUAUCCUCUUGUUCUGCUUUUGGGUCAUGUUUAACAAUUCUAUGUCUGCUCUUUGUUCAACCCCACAUAGCUUCAUCAGCUCUGAUAAUAAGCUUGAGAAACCACCAUAAAAACCACCAACACAGAAGACCCAUGAUCCAAACCAACCAAAGCUCUUGUGCAUUGUUUGCUGGUACCUGGGUUCGUGAUGAUACAUACCCAGUUUACCAAUCCUCUAAUUGUCCAAUCAUAGACCCCCAAUUCAACUGUCAAAUGUACGGUCGGCCUGACUCUGACUACCUUAAGUAUCGAUGGGAGCCCCUCAAUUGUCAGCUCCCAAGGUUCAAUGGGCUUGAAUUUUUGGCCCAAAUGAGAGGGAAGACCGUGAUGUUUGUGGGCGACUCGCUUGGACGGAAUCAAUGGGAGUCUUUGAUUUGCAUGAUCUCAGCUGAAGCGCCUUCAACCUCAACUCAAGUCAUCAGAGGCGAUCCUCUCUCAACCUUUCAGUUCUUGGACUAUGGUUUGUCCAUAUCAUUUUACCGAGCUACAUAUCUGGUUGACAUAGAUAUGGUUGAAGGGAAAAGAGUUUUAAAGCUGGAUGACAUUUCUGGCAACGGCAACGCAUGGCGGAAUGUUGAUGUGCUCUCGUUUAACACCGGUCACUGGUGGACCCACAAAGGAUCUCUACAAGAGUGGGAUUAUAUGGAAUCGGGAGGGAAAUAUUACCAAGACAUGGAUCGUUUGGAUGCUUUGGAAAAGGGUCUUAAAACAUGGGCAAAUUGGGUUGAAGACAACGUUGACAGCAGCAGAACCAGAGUCUUCUUUCUAUCCAUCUCUCCUACGCACUUCAACCCAAGUGAAUGGAACGCUGGUGCAACAUCAACAACAAAGAACUGUUAUGGCGAAACAGCGCCAGUGGCAACAAGUGCAUCAACAUACUCAGUUGGGGCAUACCCUGAUCAAAUGAGAGUUGUGGAUACUGUGAUUAGGGACAUGCGCAGCCCUGUAUAUUUGUUGGACAUAACAAUGCUAUCAAAGCUAAGAAAAGAUGGCCACCCUUCCAUCUAUAGCGGUGACCUGACCCCAGAGCAGAGAGCUAACCCUGCUCGAUCUGCUGAUUGUAGCCAUUGGUGCCUUCCUGGAUUGCCUGAUACUUGGAACCAACUAUUCUAUACUGCUUUGUUUUUCUAAAUUUUGUGUUUCCUACUAGUCUAUAGCAUUAAUUUUUAUGAUACGGUUUAUAAGAGAGGGCAAAAUUGCACCUCUCUCUCUCAAUGUAAAUUAAUGCAUAAUUGUUUGGGAAGAGAAAUAAUUUCUUCCUUGUUAGGUAUUCUACUUUUAAGCUUCUUCCAAUUAGUUAAAUUUAAAUUUUAAAAAACAUUAUAUUGCUUAGCAAAAUAGAAAUGGUGUUGAUUCUUA